AUGGUUGUACCGGGUCAUUGUGAUGGUGAAAGCAGCAGCGGAAGGGAGAGAGUGUUUGGGGAAGAGCAUUCGCAUCUAGCAUACACCGCCAGUGCACUUUUCGUUAUCCUUACAGUCAAAAGUGAUCAGCCCCGAAUCGAAGAGCUAAUGUCUCUGCACCACCUUGUCUCCCAGCGAGGCACGGCUUCUCUGCCACUCGUCCCCACCCCAUCCACUCCCUCCCUUCCGCCCGAGAUCCUCGAGUUCAUCUUCGAGGAGUGUGUUGCACAGGCGCACGCUCACAACGGAAAGGGUUGGCAGUUCCACUAUUGCGACCACCGGUGCUUGCUCGACUGGGUACAGAUAACUCAUGUCUGCUCCCUUUGGCGUACUAUUUCUACGGAACGCAAAGGGCUCUGGAGCCAUAUUGUUUUUUUCAGCGCGAAAUGGACGCGAACAAUGCUCGACCGCGCUGGUGCAAGUCCUCUCGUUGUUUCAGCCCGCUUCGACGAGACGAUUGACCACGUGGAACUACUAUCAUCCUUGCUGGAGAACGUGGGCAGGAUAGAAGAUCUCCACUUUGAGGGUUCCGAACCCGACGGGUACCGGUUGGCGCAGGCUUUGGAUAGUGUUUCCGGUUGCCUCGGCACCGUAGCGCUGAGAUCAUUAGCCCUCUUACAGAUUCCACAGGCAGAUCGGACGGGGUACCACACCUCACGUCUUCCGACCUCUCUGUCACGCGAUUGUACGCUGAAGAAACUAUACUUGAGGGGCUUUGGGCUAUCGGACAAUGACUUUCGCUUAGAGACGAUGAACGUGCUGGAGGAACUAUGGUUAGAAAAUGACAUUCAAUCGGACAAUAUUGAAGGCAGCCUGCUUCAUUUGCCCAAUCUUACGCAUCUUCAUCUCGCCGUUUCUCCAUACGACUGCCCCGAAGUAUUCGCCGCCCUCCGGCUAUCGCGUCCGCUUCAGUACUUCGGUUUUGAGAUUGAACCAUCCGAGGAGCGCGGCAGUUUCCUCUUUACCGACGCUAGCAUUAAUUUGUCUCAUUGCAUUGGCAUUCGCAACGUAGACCAGACCUCUGAGGGCAAUCUGACUGUAGCCCUUCGCAUCGGUCUCGACGGGGGCCCAUGUUACGACGAAUCAGAAUUUAUACUGGCAGCUUGGCCGAGAAACAUAGCUGGCCCUUCGCAUGUAAUGAACUAUGCCCGUCAAGGCAUAAUCCCCCUUCUUCCUUACGACACUGCGCAAUGGUCUACAGAUACUAGGCUCCAAGAAGCAGCCGAAGUACUGGAAGUCCGUUCAUCUUUCACGCGCACCAAUCCAUGCCUGUAUGUUUCCAGUUGGCUUGAAGGCUAUAUGGACCCCAAGUUCGAGAGCAACUGUUUACCUAUGCUGGCAAAGGCAUUUACGCUUUGUGACGUUGUAUUUGUCAGCUUCUCCAACUGCUUUUACUUACACCCGCGCCAAGAAAACAUGCGUAGCUUUUUACGGAGUAUGCCUUCAUUGCACAUUAUCGAAGGCAGAUUCAUUACUCCAGCACUUCUGACCAUUGCUCUGGCGCCUCAGGAUGGAUAUGUUCCCAUGCCAAAACUAUCCGAGGUCUGGCUCUUCAAUAUUUUGCGUCCUUUUCAAGCAGAGGAUGACGAUGAUGAGCAAAUGUACAGGGGGGAGAUUGAAAUGCAGGCAUCAGCUCCCACACUUCUGGCAUGUCUCACUGCACGAGUUCAAGCAGGCACUACACUGGCCAAACUCCGACUGACAAGAUGCGAACCUCUGGAUGUCAGAGAACGAGAAUCAAUAGUUGCAUUAGGUACCGAAGUAGAGGAAAUCCAAUGCCAAGGUCCAAGUACUGCCCCGUAA